AUGGUCCCAGUUACACGUGGUUGGGUUACAGGCAUCGGAAGUACUCCCCCUACACAGUGGCAGCAGUUCAGGGCAUCCCAAUGGGGCACAGCCGUGCCUGGGGACACUCCUGGAAGCCUGGGCAUGGCUGUGAGCUCUGACACCCACCAAAGGAGCAAAGAGGCCACUGUGGGUCUGCAGAACCAGCUUGGGGUGAACACAGGCCCAGACCUCCUUGAGCUUUCUGGCCAAGGAGAGUGGCAGAGCCGCUGGCCUGGGCUGGUUGACUUGCAUUGGGCAUGGGAGGCUUGUUUUGCAGGAACCAGGACUAACUCUUGGCAUGGUGAGAGGAUGCGUGGUCCCCUUGCUACGCACACCCAUUUUUCCUCCAUUGCCCCCGUUGCAUUUUCAGUCUUCAGGUCACUUCCGAGGGCAGAGGACCAGGUGGUAGGUCUCUUCUACGCAUCAGUCUCUUAUUGCUUCUGA